AUGGCGAGUCAGGGGAUUGUUCGCACGGAGGCAAUCGCCGCGACGACGACGCCGUUUAUCCGCGGUCUCGACCCGCUCUCAUCAUCAUCAUCAGCGCCGCUAAAUGCGUCGGCGCUGGCUUUGGAGCACAUCCUAGCAUCUAUAGCACGGGUGGAGGCUCGGCUGGAUGCGAGCGAUCGCCAACCCACUAGAGACCCACCGCAGUCAAGGCCGGAUCCGGAUCCACCAUACAAUAUUAACGGUGGCUGGAGAGGGGAGUCCACAGCCCACAGACCGGUGAUGACCUCAGCAGUAUCGGUGGCCACGCAGCAACGAGUAGGGGUCGUGGGUAAUUCGGCAUCAACUUGGCAGCACAACAGUUACGACGACGACAGGGAUAGGAGCCGUCAACCAACGGCAUGGGACAAUCCGGCUCAUCGUCAAGAUUGGCAGACAGGAGGACGUCAGUCGGCAUGGGAUCACCCAUCAGGGGGUCGGAACUCUGGUUAUUUCGCCGAACCGCCUAGGUAUGAUCAGCCUCGCUUUGAGAAACCGCGCUAUGAAAAAAUGAAACCACCGCGGUUCGACGGUUCGGAAGCGGCUAAUUGGAUAUCGAGGGUCGAAUAUUAUUUUGAACAUAUGGGGACCCCAGAGAAUCACAGGUUACAUUAUGUGGUGAUGAUGUUUGAGGGUCAAGCUUUGGAGUGGAUUUUUAACUAUCUGGAGAAUAAUCCGAAUGCCAAGUGGGCAGAUUUCUUGGACGAUGUUCGACGUCGCUUUGAUCUGCAGCACUUUCAAAAUUUCAUUGGCCUGAUCGCGAAGUUAUGCCAAACUGGACCACUCGCAGAGUAUAACACCGCUUUUGAGACGAUGUUGAAUCGUGUUAGGGGUGUGCCCGAAUACAUUCUGCUCCCCAUCUAUGUGGAGGGUCUAACACAACCAGUCAAGAACCAAGUUCGUCAUCAACAUCCGGGGUCAGUGGCAGCAGCAAUGGCAUUGGCAGUGGAGUAUGAUAGUUGCAUAGAGAAGUCAGCACCGACAUCCGGGUUUCAGCGCCGCUCCGGGGGACGCUACGAGCAACGACAGUUAGGACAGCAACAUCUGUUAGCUCUGCCGGCACCACAGCAGCAGGCUCCACGGCCUCCUCAGCACAAAUUCUCCGAAUAUUCCAAGCUACUGGUGAUUAGGCUGACACAGGCGGAAAAGGCUGAGCGAUCGCGUCUGAAUUUGUGUUGGUACUGCCCAGAGAAGUGGGUGGCGGGCCACAACUGUCGGGGCAGAUUCUUGGUGUACAUGGGCAUGGACGAGGACUCGGAGGAUGAUGUGGGGGAGGACGGGAUAGCGCAGGAUACUCAGAUUGUAACGGCAGAUAUCUCACAUAUAUAUGCUAUGAAUGGGCGUCAAAAGGAGGAUGCAAUUGAGUUGGUAGGCAUGUUGGGAGCUGCAGAGAUUCGCAUAUUGGUAGACACGGGGAGUUCACAUGAUUUUCUCCACCCAAACGUGGCGGAAAGAUUGGCUCUACCGCUGCAGAAGGUGUGGCCAUUUAGAGUGUAUGUGGGUAAUGGUGAGUCCCUAUUAUGCUCGUGGGCUAGUAGACAGACGAGGAUCGUCAUUCAGAACCACGUCUUUUUGGUGGAUUUGCACAUCCUUCCGGUUCAUGGUCCGGAUGUUAUUUUGGGGAGAUCCUGGCUGAAGUCUCUACGCAGGUUUACUACGGAUUUUGACACCGAUACGUUGGAGUUUGUGAGAAAUGGGGAGCGCAUUCGUCUUACUUUGGUGCCACCACUCGCCAAAGCAGUAUCCUUGAGGCAGUUUUCGACUCUCUUAACCUUGCAGGGUGAUGGCGAGGUGUUUGAAUUGGUGCAAUUACCGCGGCAAAAUGCAGAGGAAGGUCCAGUGACGGUUGCCUCAUUUCCUAAGGAGUUGCCGGAUGAGGUUUUGGCAGUGCUGGGGUCGCAUAUCGGGGUGUUUGGAUUGCCUCCAGGCAUGCCGCCAAAGCGUCAAUUUGAUCACAAAAUCCAUCUGCUGCCACAGUCGAAGCCGGUCAAUGUUCGCCCAUAUAGAUACCCUUAUUUUCAGAAGACGGAGAUCGAAAGGCAAGUAAAGAAGAUGAUAGAUUCUGGCAUUAUUCGCCCUAGUCAGAGCCCAUUCUCGUCGUCGGUGUUGCUAAUUAGGAAGAAAGACGGCGCAUUUCGCUUUUGCAUUGACUACCGAGCGCUGAAUACAGCGACAGUGCCGGAUAAUUUCCCGAUCCCGACCACAGAUGAGUUAUUUGAUGAAUUAGGGUCAGCACGAUUUUUCACAAAGCUGGAUCUCCGAUCUGGUUACCACCAAAUUCGGAUGUGCGAGGAGGAUGUAUACAAAACGGCUUUUCGUACUCAUGACGGCCAUUUUGAGUUCUUGGUCAUGCCGUUUGGAUUGACCAAUGCUCCAUCCACCUUUCAGGCAGCGAUGAAUGCCAUGUUCAGACCAUUCCUGCGCCAGUUUGUGAUCGUCUUCUUCGAUGACAUCCUCAUUUACAGCCCGACUUUGCCCGCCCAUGUGCGCCAUCUAAACGAGGUAUUAUCACUUCUCGCAAACAAUCAAUUCUUUGUCAAGUUAUCUAAGUGCACCUUUGCUUGUUCCUCGGUCGAGUACCUGGGUCAUAUCAUUGCAGAUGGGCAACUCAAGGCAGACCCUGCCAAAAUCGAGGCCAUGAUGGCGUGGCCGCCUCCAACCACGGUCAAGAAGUUGCGCGGCUUCUUGGGUCUCACGGGCUACUACAGACGCUUUGUGGAGCAUUACGCGUCCAUUGCGGGACACUGA